CAGUUGUAAAAUCAUAUCAGAGCCAUGCGCGCGCGCCCCUUCGGUCGAGCAUUAUAUAGUUAUGCGUUGAGCAUAAGGAACUCUUUAUAGUCCGUGCGCGCGAGUGGAUCGCACGCAUCUCGCGGCUCUAUUCAAACCCCUUUUCGUGUUGACAAAUAUUAGAAAAAAAAACAAUAUAGUGUGAAAAUGAGUUGGGGCCCCGAGCACGAUCGACCUUGCGCUAAGCUGGAAAUCAACGAGGCGGUCGGCAAGCUGCUUCAGACCUUCAAUUAUGAGACUAUUGUGCCACAACCCUCCAAAGGUGGCGGCUACAACCGGCGGCAGCACGUGAAGCGGCCGAUGAACGCGUUCAUGGUGUUCGCGCAGGCCAUGCGCAGGCGGCUGUCUGAACAGCGGCCUUCGUUGCACAACGCCGAGCUCAGCAAGUCAUUGGGCUCUAUGUGGAAGAGUUUGAGUGAAGACCAAAAGUUGCCGUUUGUGAAGGAAGCUGACAAGCUGAGGACGCAGCAUAAGAUCGAAUACCCUGACUACAAGUAUCAGCCACGGCGUAGGAAGCCUCCGCCGGCGGCGCCGCCACGACUUAAGCGCGAACCGUCAUUGGAGCGAUCACAAAUAGACUUUUCUAGAAUAGAAGUGGACGGAGGUUUAUUAGAAGACGGGCCACCGGAUGGUGCGGAGUUGGAUCAGUACCUGAAACCUACGCACGCUUCACAUUCGGCAGAAUACCACGAGCUGCAGCCGCGCUACGUCGCUCACGCCCACCACGCUUCCGCCAUUUACCCGGCGCCCCCGAAUCUCUACCCGCCUUGCCACGAUUGGGUGCAAUACUCACAUCCAUAAGUCCGAACAUUUAUUUAUGUUACACGAGCCAUAGAUUUUUUUCUACUUUAUGAUAAAUGUAGGUCACUUGACACAGUUGCGCGCCGCCGCCACAUGCUUUCCGUGGAAGCGCACGUGCGUUUACUUAUCAAAGCGCAACACAAAAAUAUUUAAAUAAACAAAUUCGGCAUCAAGAUCUCUUUCACGUUAGUUACAAAUCAGCUCGAUUUUAUAAUUGUUCUCGUAACUCGUGAAUCUAAUACUUUUAACUGCUGACGUGUAUGUAUUGUUUAUGCUAUAUCAAGAUAUUCCUUUGAUUCCAAAGUUAAUUAAACUCGUAAUAUAGGUUCCUAGUCUAAGUUAAUUUGUAAUUAAGCUUUUUAUCAUUCAUAUUGAGUAAGUAAGUUAUAAUUUGUGAUUAAAUAGUGUAAACUGAAAGUUGUAUAAUUAUAACUACAGAUGUAGUUCAUGUAGUGCAUAAUUGUUUUACUUCGUAUUUUCUUGGAAACGUUCGUAUUUAUCAUGCUAGUUCAGUCAAUGUCAGUACUUUUUGUACCGAGAUUGACUGAAAUAGCAAGACACGUUCGUAAGUUUCCGUGAAAAUACGAUGGAAAAUAAUAAUGCACUACAUCUGUACAUAGUUUGAUAGGUAGGUAUGGAAGGUAUCUACAAAGCCUGCAGUCGCGUUUUACUCAAAAGUAAUGAGGAUGCAGUUUUGAUUUAUUUUUAAAAAUAAAAGAAUGUUUCCUUUAAGUAAAAUGAGCUAACUGAAGAUUUUAAGGGACUUUUCCUCCAGGGCCCAUAACUUUUUUCCACACUGUAGGUAAUAUGUUGGUUUUGCUCCCUGUCCAACCCUUAUUAAGAGCCCGGUAUCGAUUUUAGUCGCAAAAAUUUAAAAUUCAUAGAUUUAGUCGGUGAAAUUGUACACCUUUUGUUACGUAAUAAAAAAUAACAAGUACUGGUUUCUAUUAGCACGUCUUCUCAUCUUGCCGUUUAAUAGAUCAAUUUUUUUAAAACAGUCACUAAAUUAGUAAUGAUUUUUUUUCUGAUGGACGUUUAGGUAAACGCGCGUAAAGCACUGAUUUUGUAAGUCUUAUUUUUAAAUUUCGUAAAGUUUGGACUGCUAAAAAUGGUAAUUUUGUAUUACACAUAUCCUGUACUCCACCUUUAAUACACAACAUUUUUGUUAUUAUGACUUUAAAGUAGUGUAAAUGAAAGUUAGACGAAAUCAAUUUUCUCCAGAAAUUACUUCAAAACACGUGACAAUUUCUCUGAAAAUCAACUUAAUUUCAACGUAAUUUUGAUAAUUAAACAAUCUACAACAUUUGCUGAAACUGUUCCUGUACAUCAUUUUAUAUAAUUUACUAAGUAAUUUUUUGAUGAAUUGAAACACGCACGCUCGCGACCUCAUUAUUAAAAGGCAAGAUGAGAAGACGUGCUAAUGGAAACCAAUACUAAACCAAACCAAACCAAACUGGUCAAGAUUUUGAACAUUUGCAAUGUCGCGAGUUGCCAAAAGAGUCAUGAAUGUGGAAUUGUGCCACAGUGCGCCACACGGCGCUAUCUACUAGGAAAAUAAGGGUUCCUUUUGUACCUUUUUGGUACGGAACCCUAAAAACGAAACCCUCUAAACAAAAAAAAACAUCUAAAUAAGUAACAUCCGUACAGGCAUUAGACAUAACAGUAAUCCUUGCUAAAAAAAUCUGGUAUGUAUGAAUAAUAAAUUGUGUUCACAAACGCGAAAGCUAAUUUUGUUAAUUCAUUCUCAAAGUAGAUUAUUAUAGUUUAUUGAAAAUAGGUAGUUAUAUAGGCAACAUUAUCAUUGUUAAAUUUUAAUCAAAACCAAUAAAACUGAUUUUUACAAAA